ACAGCGUACUUCCGGAAAGAAAUGGCAUCUUUGGACAGGGUGAAAGUGUUGGUUUUGGGAGAUUCUGGAGUGGGGAAGUCCUCUCUUGUACAUUUACUUUGCCAGAAUCAAGUUUUGGGGAAUCCGUCAUGGACUGUGGGCUGUUCAGUGGACGUCAGGGUUCAUGACUACAGAGAAGGCACUCCAGAAGAGAAGACAUACUACAUUGAACUCUGGGACGUUGGGGGAUCUGUUGGCAGUGCCAGCAGUGUUAAAAGCACCAGAGCUGUGUUUUACAAUUCUGUAAAUGGUAUUAUUUUAGUUCAUGAUUUGACCAACAAGAAAUCCUCCCUGAAUCUGUACCGCUGGUCAUUGGAGGCACUGAGCAAAGACUCCUCUCCAACUGGCAUCAUUGUGUCAAAUGGGGAUUAUGACAGAGAACAGUUUGCAGAGAACUCUGUUCCUCUCCUGCUUAUUGGCACCAAAUUUGAUCAGAUCCCGGAAAACAAGAGGAAUGAUGUGCUGACCCGCACUGCCUUUCUAUCUGAAGACUUUAAUGCGGAAGAGAUCAAUUUGGAUUGUACAAAUCCACGGUAUCUUGCUGCUGGAUCAUCAAAUGCUGUUAAAUUGAGCCGAUUCUUUGACAAGGUAAUAGAGAAGAGAUACUUCACAAGAGACCCUAGCCAGAUGCAGAAUUUCACCGACAGGAGGCGCUUUAAUUUCAAGAGUUUCCACAAUGAUGGAGUUUACACAUAGACUUUGGGUUGGUGGGUUUAGUCCUGCUUGUAACCUGGACAAGCAUAUGAAUAUUCUUCUGUUGUGUUUCUCUGCAAAGUUCAAUCAGUUUGAGGGUUGUUUUUUAACAUUAACCUCCAGCCUACCUUGACAGAACUAUUGUGAAUUGAUCAUCGCCUGUAUUCUGAGAUAUUUGUAUUUUCAUAUGUAAAGGUAGAAAAAUUGGACUCAAGGAAAUGCCCCUUUCUCAUGUAUACUGCUUAUACUAAUGAGGUUUUUUUUUUUGGUAAAAGGUAACGUAAACAGUUUCCCUGUUUAUAGCAUCAUUUCAGGACAUAUGACGUUUUUUUUUGUUUUUUUUUACCCUGAACCAUUUCUGCUUAAUCUUUAGGAUUUGCUACCAGUCAUCUGAAGGACGAAAUUAAUAUUAUCAUAGAUUUACCUUUUUGUUGAUCUUUGUAAGUUAAAAUUGAUUCACAAUUCUUUGCUAUAUUAGCAAGUUCUUAAUUUUGUGC